UAGUUGAUGGCAUGCCUUAAGCUGAAUUCUCCACAACUUUUUUCAAAUCACGUAUCGUGUGAUGGUCCCUUCAACCUUCAUCUAGAGGGAAGCAUUCUGUCUGGACUUUUAGUUGUGCCGAAUGUUUGCUCGUCUACUCAAUCCCAUUGUAGUAUCAUUCCCAAACCACCUCCACUCCCAGGAUCAUCCUAUGGUAGAAACAGAUUCUUCAAAAAGCUAAAGGGUUACAGUUAUGUUCCUGAUGAAGCCAAGCAUUCUUGGGACCGACUUUUUAAUGAAGGAUAUGAAGCUGAUGUCCGUGUUCUUACAGAUGACAAGGGCAUAAUUUUGGCACAUUCAAGUGUUCUUGGUAUUACAUCUCCUGUGCUGAGAAACAUGUUAGAACAAGCAAGAGUUAAAGGGGGUUUUCAAUGUAUUAAAAUUCCUGGUGUACCUUCAGAAGCUGCCUGUGCAUUUAUCCGAUUUCUUUACUCUUCAUGCUAUGAACUGGAUGCAAUGAAGAAGUUUGUUCUUCACUUGCUUGUUAUGUCGCACACAUUUUCAGUCCCUUCCCUGAAAAGGGUUUGCAUCAGAGAACUGGAAACAGCAUUGCUGACCUUGGAGAAUGUGGUUGAUGUGCUUCAGUUAGCCAGACUGUGUGAUGCACCACGCCUUUCCCUUUUAUGCACUCGGUUGAUCAUUAAAGAGUUCAAGACCAUCUCAGUGUCAGAAGGGUGGAGAAUAAUGAAGCAAGCCAACCCCCGUCUCGAGCAGGAGCUUCUUGAGACUCUAAUGGAGACAGAUUCUAAAAAGCAGGAGAGGAUCAAGAAGAUGGAAGAAAGAAAGGUGUACAUGCAACUGUUUGAAGCAAUGGAGGCUCUUUUGCACAUAUGCAGAGAUGGGUGUCGGACCAUCGGUCCCCGUGACAAGAUGCUUAAAGACAAUCAAGCCACCUGCAACUUCUCAGCUUGCAAGGGGCUGGAGUCACUGGUCCGCCAUUUCUCAUGCUGCAAGACUCGAGUCCCAGGUGGUUGUGCACAUUGCAAGCGGAUGUGGCAGCUUCUUGAGCUCCAUUCCCGCAUGUGUUCUGAACCAGACUCUUGUAAGGUUCCCCUAUGCAGGCAUUUCAAGGAUAAGAUGCAGCACCUAAGCAAGAAGGAAGAUCUGAAAUGGAAGCUAUUGGCGAGCAAGGUGGUGGCAGCCAAAGGCACAAUCAGCUCCAUCCAUGCUCGGAGACCCUUGAUAACAUAAACUCUAUUAUGAACAACAAAAGGGAUUAAAAAUAUGUCUAAAAAAAUAAGUGCUAUAAGUACUGUCUCAUUGCCUAUGCUCAUAUAGGUUGCAAAGCUUGGUGUACUGUGACACAGUACCACCGCAUGUAAAGAAAUUAUAGUCACGAAGGGGCUCACCAGAACUUCAGUAAAUCACAGUGCAGCUUAUAGGUCAGCAGGCUUUUAUCUCAUAUACCCUUCCUUUGCAGUCAACUGCUUAGCCUCACAA